UCGCGCGUCUCGCGAGCGUUAGGCUGCCCGGCCGAGGAGGAGCCUUACGGCGGUCUCGAGCGGCUGUGGGGACGAGGGUGCGUCGCGAGCCAGACCAUGUUCCGAGCGGUGGCACCUGGGCAGCUCCGACGGGCGGCCUCAUUGCUACGAUUUCAGAGUACCCUGGUAAUAGCUGAACAUGCAAAUGACACCCUAGCACCCAUUACUUUAAAUACCAUCACUGCAGCCAAAAGCCUUGGCGGUGAAGUGUCCUGCCUAGUAGCUGGAACCCAAUGUGACAAGGUGGCACAGGAGCUCUGUAAAGUAGCGGGCGUUGGGAAGGUCCUGGUAGCUCAGCACGACGUGUACAAAGGCCUGCUUCCAGAGGAGCUGACGCCACUGAUCCUGGCAACCCAGAAGCAGUUCAAUUACACACACAUCUGCGCGGGAGCGUCUGCCUUCGGAAAGAACAUUCUGCCCAGAAUAGCAGCCAAACUUGACGUCGCCCCAAUUUCCGACAUCAUUGAGAUCAAGUCUCCUGACACAUUUGUGAGAACUAUUUAUGCAGGAAAUGCUAUAUGUACCGUGAAGUGUGAUGAGAAAGUGAAGGUGUUUUCCGUCCGAGGAACAUCUUUUGAAGCUGCGGCGACAAGUGGAGGUAGUGCCAGUUCCGAAAAGGUAUCGAGUCCUUCACCAGCGGGAGUAUCAGAGUGGCUCGACCAGAAAUUAACCAAAAGUGACCGACCGGAGCUAACUGGUGCCAAAGUGGUAGUAUCUGGUGGCCGGGGUUUGAAGAGUGGCGAGAACUUUAAGUUGCUAUAUGAUUUGGCAGAUCAACUACAUGCUGCAGUUGGUGCUUCCCGUGCUGCCGUCGACGCCGGCUUUGUCCCCAAUGACAUGCAGGUUGGACAGACUGGAAAAAUAGUAGCCCCGGAGCUUUAUAUUGCUGUUGGAAUAUCUGGAGCCAUCCAACAUUUAGCUGGGAUGAAAGACAGCAAGACAAUCGUGGCUAUUAACAAAGACCCAGAAGCUCCCAUUUUCCAGGUGGCAGAUUACGGAAUAGUCGCAGAUUUGUUUAAGGUGGUUCCUGAAAUGACGGACCUGUUGAAGAAAAAGUGAAUCACGAGCACACCUAAAGGCAGAGUGUGUCAGCGCGUCCAGUGAGGAGCCUCGAGAUCCGUGGGUGUUGCAACAGUCACUGCAGAGCACGGAGAGCUGCCUUCCAUAAUGUGAGGAGACACUCUAACAGGAUGGGAUGCUUUUCGAUGGGACUGUUGUUAUGUUCUUCUCAAUUACAUGUGGCUCCAAAUAAUGAUUUUUAAAAUUUUUCUAAUUCUGUGAUGAAAUAUAUAAUAAAGCCUUACCACAACUUUCACACUA